UGGGCGAUCGCCCUGGGUGGAGGAGAGGAGUUUCCGGGGCUCGGGUCCCGGUCGCCUUCCAGGAGAACAAGCGCGGAAGCAAGUGGGCGGUGAGAGGCGGAGCGAGGGACGCGGGGGGCGUGGACGCAGCCGGCUUUGGAAAGGCCCCAAGUUAAUGAGGCGUGCGCCGGCUGCCGAGCGCCUUUCCGAGCUGGGCUUUCCCCCGUGGUGCGGGCGCCAGGAGCCGCCUUUUCCGCUGGGUGUCACUCGGGGGUGGGGAAGAUGGCCCAUUCAAAAGCGCCGCGAGGGGGCCCGGCCAGUGCCCUUCAGUGAGCGCUCGCAAGAGGACGGCAGAGGCCCGGCAGCUCGCGGCUCCGGGACCUUGUGGCGCAUCAGGACGCGGCUGUCCCUCUGCCGGGACCCACAGCCGCCUCCGCCGCUCUGCCUCCUGCGUGUUAGCCUCCUCUGCGCGCUCCGGGCAGGCGGCCGUGGGAGCCGCUGGGGCGAGGACGGCGCGCGGCUGCUGCUGCUGCCCCCGGCCCGCGCGGCUGGAAACGGAGAGGCCGAGCCAAGCGGCGGCCCCUCCUAUGCUGGGAGGAUGCUGGAGAGCAGCGGCUGCAAAGCGCUGAAGGAGGGCGUGCUGGAGAAGCGCAGCGACGGGUUGUUGCAGCUCUGGAAGAAAAAGUGCUGCAUCCUCACCGAGGAGGGGCUGCUACUUAUCCCCCCCAAGCAGCUGCAACACCAGCAGCAGCAGCAGCAGCAGCAACAACAGCCCGGGCAGGGGCCGGCCGAGCCGUCCCUACCCAGUGGCCCCGCUGUCGCCAGCCUAGAGCCGCCGGUCAAGCUCAAGGAGCUGCACUUCUCCAACAUGAAGACCGUGGACUGUGUAGAGCGCAAGGGCAAGUACAUGUACUUCACUGUGGUGAUGGCAGAGGGCAAGGAAAUCGACUUUCGGUGCCCGCAAGACCAGGGCUGGAACGCCGAGAUCACGCUGCAGAUGGUGCAGUACAAGAAUCGUCAGGCCAUCCUGGCGGUCAAGUCCACGCGGCAGAAGCAGCAGCACCUGGUCCAGCAGCAGCCCCCCUCGCAGCCGCAGCCGCAGCUCCAGCCCCAACCCCAACCCCAACCCCAACCCCAAUCCCAGCCUCAGCCUCAGCCGCAACCCCAGCCCCAAUCACAACCCCAGCCUCAGCCCCAACCUAAGCCUCAGCCCCAGCAGCUCCACCCGUAUCCGCAUCCACAUCCACAUCCACAUCCACACUCUCAUCCGCACUCGCACCCACACCCUCACCCGCACCCUCACCCUCACCAAAUACCGCACCCGCACCCGCACCCACAGCCGCACUCGCAGCCGCACGGACACCGGCUUCUCCGCAGCACCUCCAACUCUGCCUGAAGGGGGCAGCUCCCGGGCCAGACAAGGUUUUGAGGACUUGAAGAAGUGGGACGAGCACAUUUCUAUUGUCUUCACUUGGAUCAAAAGCAAAACAGUCUCUCCGCCCCGCACCAGAUCAAGUAGUUUGGACAUCACCCUACUGAAAACUUGUGAUUCGUCUUAGUUUUCUGCAUACUUUUCAUCACGAUGCAGGAAACGAUUUCGAGUCAAGAAGACUGUUAUUUAUGAACCUUUGAAAGGAUCGUCUAGUAUGGUGAAUUUUCUAGGAGCGAUGAUGUACUGUAAUUUUAUUUUAAUGUAUUUUGAUUUAUGAUUAUUUAUUAGUUUUUUUUUAAAUGCUUGUUCUAAGACAUUUCUGAAUGUAGGCCAUUUUCCAAAAAGGAAACUUUAUUUUCAAAAACCUAUUCCAUAGUAAGUCCUAGUGUUGGAAAAUAAAAAAGGGCGGUGGAGGGGAAAACAUUAAGAAUCUAGUCAUUAUUCCUGGAGUACUUUCAGAAGGUAUGACACUUUCAUUGUUAUGCCAGGUGGUUGAAAUUAAAACUCCGAUACUACUUUUUUUGAGGAUUUUUGGUUUUGUUUUUGCUUAGGCAUAUAGUUUGUCUAGAAGUUUAAAAAAGCUAAAAGUUCAAAAUGGUGUAAUUAUGAAUAUCUAAUGCUCAAGAUAGUUUCUAAAAGGAAAUCAGUAGUAGGGAUACCUGAUUUCAAAAUACUUAAAACAUAACCUAACUGAUGAUGGUAGGAUGAUUGUAUCUUGAAUAUGUGGUAGGGCCACAUCUACUGUAGGAAAACCUUUUAUCAUCUGUGUGUAAAGGGCUUAACAAGGAGAAGAGGCCUUUUGACUGAUUUAUGAGUAUACAUGCAUUUGCUGUUUCAUUUCAAAAAUGUUGUGGAGGAAAAGAGUAUAUUUAACUUGUAUAAGAGAGUAUUUGUGCUCCUGUCCAGGCUGCAGGACCUUUCUCCGAGAGCUUUGCCCACUUGAACCACAUUUUCUGAUCCCUUUACUUUGUUUUAGAAGCACACUGAAAAAUCUCGUUGUUUAAAGUACAAUUUGUAAAUAUUUCAAAGGUCUAGGCGUCAUAACUUUUUGUUUUCAUACUGAAAAUGAUGUUGAUCAGAGAAACCAACUGUUUUGCUUUUCAUUGCUCUGUGAGAAAUUUGAGGAUUCUGUUUUGUUUUUAGGUUAGCUAAACUCAGAAAUUGAAAAGGAAAAGACUGGAUAAACAGAGGAUUUUCAGUAAGAAAACAACCCCAGUCUUGUCUUAGAAGGCACUUGUUGAGGAGUCUGGGUGGGGGAAAAAAGAGGAUGUGCUUUUAAAGGUAGAACAAACCUUCUUCUGUGUUAAAUCAAAAGGAUGUUCAAAAUCCACCAGGGCAGAUGCUACUUAAGUUUAAAUGGAGCCAUAGAUGAUACAAAGUCCUCUUGGGGCUGAAAAUCACUUCCUAUCUGCAUGGCUUUACUAACUAGUUUCUGUUUUCCAUUAUCUUUUUCACAGAAAGUCUUGGUCAGUAUUUUUCCAGCAUUUAAAUUGAAACGGUCAGUAUCAGACCACUGCUAAGUUAUAUAGUCAAGAAAUAAAAAUAUAAUUACAUGCUACAGAUGUCUUUAUUCUCCUUCCAUCUAGAAAGGAGUUCCAAGGUCAAAGUACUUUUUAGUGCAAUAGUUAAAUGACAUUUUGAGAUCAUAACUCUUACCCAAAAAGUUGCAGGGAAAAUUAAAAUAGUUUUCCCCUAUUAAGCAAAUGGCAAACAAAACUUAAGUGGACCCCCACUUCCAGUGGUUAUUUGGGUUGCAGUUGUGAAAAUAUGCUGCCAACAUUUAAAAACUUGUUUCAUAUGUAUAUACAUAUAUGAAUAUGCAUGUAUAUAUACAUAUAUGAAAAUAGGUAUGUACACACAUGCACAUAUGUUAAUAUGUAUAUAUGUAUAUGUGUGUAUAUAUGUAUAUGAAAUGAGAGCCAGAUCUAAAGAUUUCUUAAAUCAAGUUUGGUUCAGCUUCCUUAGAAGUACAAAUGUACUUUUUGAGGUAUGCCUCAUAGUACUAUACUUUUUAAUGCAUGCAAAUCAUAAUAACUCCAAAUGAACCACAAUUUUUUUCCCAAUGGAGGAUUUUUCUUUUAAAUUCUUGUACUAAAAAUAAAAAAAUCCGUACCAAAUACUUUACAAAUUAAGAUUGAUGUAGCUUUUAAAAAAGGCAUUUGUAUGUUGUUAGCUUACAUAUGGGGCUAGGUAAUUUCAUUGCUUAAAAAAGUAUGCCCAGGGUCCCUCUUGGUGGCUGGAUUUCCUUUUUUUCCCCCCGUGGUGGCCAUGGUUCUUAAUAGGGCCACCAGAAUCAUGGUUUCUUUUCUUUUCUUUUUUUUUUUUUUUGAGAUGGAGUCUCACUCUGUCGUGCAAGCUAGAGUGCAGUGACACGAUCUCGGCUCACUGCAACCUCCGCCUCCUGGGUUCAAGCCAUUCUCCUGUCUCAGCCUUCUGAAUAGCUGGGACUACAGGUGCAUGCCACUACGUCCGGCUUUUAUAUUUUUAGUAGAGACGGGGUUUCACCAUAUUGGUCAGGCUGGUCUCAAACUCCUGACCUCAGGUGAUCCACCUGUCUUGGCCUCCCAAAGUGCUAGGAUUACAGGCGUGAGCCACCAUGCCUGGCCCCAGAAUAACGGUUUCUUGACUUUCCAUAGCCCUUGUUCCUUAGUCUGCUGUGAUAUUUAUGUUGACCUUUAUCACUUUCUAUUCUGAACCCCUCUUAGCAUUUAAUGUGAAAUCUAAGAAAUCAGAAGUAGAAUGGCUUUUAUUGUUUUGACACCUUUGAAAUUAUUAUUAAUAAUUUUUCCAGAGCAAAAAAGCAAACAUGCUCAAUAAGACUAACCAAAACAAAAUAUAAAUGUACAUCAUUUAAUGUCUCAGUGGCUCUAUCUACCUGUAAGAAAAUGAUACAAACCACCUAAGGUAUUUUGAAGCCUGACAAAUCAACUUCAUGGAAAAAGGUAAAAAAUGCAUUUUUCAACCCAAGGAAAAGAUGACCGAAAGGGCAGAUCCAAUAGAAGACCCACUCCUUAAAUAAACACAAAAUGUAAAAAGUUGGAAAAUUAGGAGCAAUGUUCCAUCUGGAAACUGAACUUUUUAUCCUUGAACUUGUGUUGGCACCAAGCCUCAUACACAGUGAGCUCAAUAACUGUCUGUUGGGACAAAGGAAGGAAGGACAAAAUGUGUAACUCCCCAGCACCUGGGAGAUGCCGUCUCUUGCCUCGCUGAGUGUUCCUUUCAUUUUCUCUCAUGUCGUUCCCUGAGAACAACGAAUUCUGGGACAGGCUAAACAUCAUGACGAAAUUUCUUAAACAGACUUUCUUAGUGGAAAUCCAUUUAGAUCUGUGUAUGCUCUAUGGGGAGUGCUGACGUCGGAGAGUAAAUGUCUAUAAGGGGCCCUUUUAAAAUGAACAUUUUCCUCAUUGAGCAAGCUGGGAUUCUCUAAUCAUGUAGAAAUCAAACCAUCUUUAUAAUUUCACUUCAAAUGUUUAUGGUUUUGUGUUUUUGUCUCCAAUGACGGUAAAAAUAAAAAACACACAUUACUUAAAGGAGUUUCCCUCACAUGUAAACACUGUUAGGAAGUCUGGAUUAAGUUGAAAGUCUUGUUUUAACUAUUUUUUUCUCUCAUAUACCAAACACUCUGUAUUUCUCUUAAAGAAGCUCUUUAAGAGAAAGCCCUAAUUUUAAAUCUGACAGUAAAGUUUGCUGCAAGUGUAUGAGUUCAAAUACAUCCCUUGUUUUCUGUCCCUAGGGGAAAGGUCACAUGGUUUUAGCUUGGCUCCUGUGUUAAUAUUAUAUUCAGUAGCAGGCUUAGAAGAGUGGUCUAAGACUUGAACCUGGAGCCAUUUUAUAGCACAGAAUCCUAUGAAGAUAGGACUGUGAGCAUUUGUUUUCUUUUUUUGUGUGUCAAACUAAUUGGCUUUUGCUUUAGCAAUAAAAUGUCCUCAACAGAAUAAAAGUGAAAAUUAUAGAUCUUGGUAUUGAAUCCAUCAGUGAUUCAAGAGAUACACCUAUUUGCCUAAAACAACGUAAGAUGUAUUAGUUAUGGAAUUAUGUGUUGGAUAAGUUCUUAAGACCUGUUUCCUCAAUUCUUGACACAGUUUUCAAGAGUGGCUUUUUCACUUGCACGGUUGGGCAGAUAAUCCAGAUUUACCUAAGAUUGGGCAAAAAAGUGAUAUGUGACUUUGCUGGCAGGGCAUUUGCUAAAUGGAGUACAGGAUCUGACAGGGUUUUCUUAGAAAGGGCAAUGUUGUCCAAUGAAGGAAGCAGAAGGACUCUGGAUUAGAAGCAUCUGCACAAAAGCUGAUGAGACCUACUCUCCACUGCUCUGCAGCUGGUCAGCUGAUGGCAGGCUGAGCAGUGGGGAAGCAGGUUUUAACAACAGGUAGUCCUUCCAGGUCACUGUAUACUGAGAAGAAACAUAAAACUAUUUUCUGUUACAUUCCGAGGUCAGCCUUCUUCUUAACGUUUUAUAGUAUACAAAUGCCAGCUUCUGGAAAGCAAGUGUCAUCAUGUACCAAAUGCUUUAUACACCAUCACAUUCGUGAAUUUUUUAGCAUGGUCAGAACUUGUGUAAAUAUGUCUCUUAGAUGAUUUUGGGGAGAUGUGAUUUAUUUUUCAUAUUUUCAAAAUGCAUUCCAUUUCAAAUAAAGUAUCUAUUGAGACAACCGA